GGCACGUAAUUUACGCGUGAGCGGUCGCCGGUGCUGGUGAUUACGGCUACUGGCUCGCCCUGAUAAUCCCGAACGUUUGCAAUGGCUCUGACCUGAAGUACUUGGAGAGCGCGGCACCGACCUGAACGGCUAAUGUCUCCAUACACGGCCAUCAUAAGGCGGAGUGGUAAUCCGUUCGAGCUCGCCCAUGUCCUCGUCUCCUGGUUGGCGGGCGCCGGCUACGAGGCCUACGUCGUAGUAGGUUGUGCUAAGCGAGACAUCUGCUACGCCGUACGCUACCGCACCGAAUGCCCUGAAAUACCAGAUGAAACUCCGGUUGAGGUAGAACCGGAACCGGAGGAGGAACCGAAGUAUCGUCUGGUUCCUCUACCAGACUUGACUUCAAAGUACUGCAAGGAGAUGGAUGAAAAAGAGGCUAAGAGGAAAAAAGAUGCCUUGGACAAGAUUGAGAUGGAACGACUGAGAAAAAUUGCGGAGCUGGAAGCACCAGGUCCUGACGCAAUAGAUGGGUGGAGAACGCAUGCCUGGGUCAUGGUAUCCCCAGGCUUUAAAGAUAUUGUUGAGCCUUUUUUCAUUGAACCCAGCGAGGGUAACGCCCAUCCCAUCACCGCAACCCAGUACCAAUAUAUUGAGAGUGUUUACAAUCACGAAAACUACUAUGCAAAUAUCCAAAGCUGCGAAGGUGGUUUAGGAUCUCUCAACUACGAUCUGAGUGACCUGAAGUGCUGGGAGCAUCUUCUAGCAGGAGAACCAGAACACCGGCGCGUAGUGACCGGCAUUGACACCUCUGAUAAAAAGACCGUUGUGGACACGGAGAAACAUUUAAGCGUCCCUCCUAGUUGGGUGGAGAAACUGGAUAUUUCAGCUGAUGAAUUUGAACAACGCUAUCCCGGAAACCGGAGAGUAAUAAAUUACAAGAAGGUAUUACUGGAGAAAUACUCACCUUACUUCGAGAGGGACGGUGCUGUAAAGAGAGUAAAGAUAUUCGAUGACUAUGCUCUAACAAAACCGCUGAUAACCUACGAAUAUUAUAAAAACAGAAUGGAUAAGAUGGAGACGGUGAAGAUAGAUCAUGUCAAAAGGGAAGUAGUUGAAGUAUUUGGUAUUGGCAGGUCGGAUCAUCUGCUUAAACACGUCUACUCACUUGAAGCACCAGCGACUUCAGUGGAAGGAGACAGGACCAUGGAGUUCAACUAUUACGCCAGACUUGAUCAUUUGGCCAAGCUUGUGUGCACACCGAGCUCCUUUGAAGAAUAUUACACGAACAGAACGGACAGAUUGGAAUCAAGAUUCGCUUGCUACACAGCGCCUUCGAAAGCAGAACCCAAACGCCAACUGAAGGAUAUUAUUGAAACCUAUUCCCGGAAUGAUAGCGUUCCAGCCAAGGAUGAUGUAUGGAAAAGGAUAUUCCAUAUUCAAGAUGGAACGAUCGAGCUGCUGUACCAUUACGCUUAUAACUUUGUUACAAAUAAUAAAAGGAGCUACAUAAAGCCUAAUUUAGCUGAAACUGGUGGGAAGAUUCUGUUUUAUCCAGAUAAAACAUCUGGUUACGUCACAGAUCCAUGCGCCACACAGCCUCGACCGUUAGACGUGUACUACACUCUCUGCGAUAACAUGGGCUGGGAGUAUAACACGUGCAAGGCGAUCCGUGACAGAGAGACGGAUAUCAAUGGGUAUUUGAAACAGAGACAUAGGGAGCUCACCGAACCGAAGUUGGUGAUAGCACUGUUUGAUACAGAGAGGAACGAAGCCGCAAAGAGGGGAUGGAAGGAACAGGAGACCCAGAAGGCGGAGGUGUCUGAGCGUGAAAAGGAAGCAGAAAUAGAUCCGCUGGCUCCAUAUCUUGCCAGAAUGUUCGGCUCCGGACAUGGCACUGGUGCCUUACUCACGAUUAAGGAGGCCACCAUCAUCAGGGAUCAAUGCAUCAAUGACUUCAGAGCGAGGCAGCUGGCGAGGCAGAUACUGGUGCAGGAGAGAUUUGACAAGCUAAAUUCUGAGUACAAAGCCAAGAGAUUGUGGUAUUUGGCGAACCAAUUCAUCCUGACUCCAGAAAAGGAAAGCGCCUACUUCGCUAUGAGCGCUGAGCUGGCUUUUAAGGUCCACACGCUGGAAGUCCGGCUGACGAGACACCAGGAUCUGUCAGGGCCAAGGUACAAGACUUUGGAAGACUACCUCGCGAAGCAUCCGCUAUUCAAGGAGUACAACCGGAUGAGACAUUAUUAUAGAGUUAAAUAGUUUUUAUGAUUAUUUUUGCUAUUGUUUUUGGAAUUUAUUAAUAAAAUA